AAUAUUGUGUGUACGGAAUUCUAUAGGAUCCCCAAAAUAUGAAAUUACUUUGUGUACGUACAGCAGUUUCUUCAAUUCCUGUGUAGGGUCCCCCCCAUCCCACCCCACUCUGUGUGUUCCCUAUGGCAAGCCUGCAGCACAUCGACAGGUUGUUGGACAGGUGUCCAUUCGUACUGGCAGAGGCGUGGACUUGAGCUGAGCAGGUGUUAGCACUAGCGAUCCCGCUGCAACAGAGGAGAGACCUUGGCAGUAACACACAAAAUAGACACAUUGUGCCGCUCUACUCCUGCACCCCUCGCUUGUCCUUGAUUUCACACACACACACACACACACACAUACAUGCAGACAAUGCACAUGCUACUAAUAAUAACCAGAGGUCUAUGUAUUUCACUUGAAGAAUGAAUAAAUGCCAAUGGGAAGUUGAGUUUCUCUCUCCUGGGACUGAGGAAUGCUGGGAGCCAUUGUUCUGAGCGGCUGUGUGCCGUGGUGACGCAUGCCAGACCAACAGGCUCUUAGGGCUGGGAACAAAGUCUGACUCGGGCCCUGGUAAUGUUUAACAAAGUGAGUUUCUGACUCAAAAACGUACCCGUUACACAGAGGUGUGUGUGUGAGAAAGAGAGAGAGAGAGAAAGCACACACACAUGUUGCAUUCACAGAUGGCCCUCUUAUGACUUCACAGGCUGAUCCUGUUUGGAGAGCUUAAAAGGUUUUAACAACAAAGGCAUGACUGUUACCUUGGCAAUAUGUUGUGUGUUGCCCUCCUGCUAGUACAGUUGGCAUUUGCUACUCAAGGUCAGGAUGCAUCUUCCUCCUCCUCUUCCUUCUCUUCCUCCUCUUCACUGCGUCAGUCGGAGUUGGUUCUGGAGCCCAGAUCCUUGGCGGUGCUCACUGGCCAAUCGGCCCGCUUCAACUGCAGCACGACCGAACCGUGGACCAUCAUGAUAUGGCGUCUGGAUGACGCUUCAGUGAUGGUCGUCUCAGCGGGGAACGGUGCCACAAACACCACGUUGUACAAGGCAGUAAACUGUUCCACGGCCCAGACGUCCUGCUGGGAGCUGGUCAUGGAGAGGGUCAUCCGUAGCAACUCAGCGCAACCCCACCGGGUCGUCUGUGAAACUCUGGGUGGACUACUAAUGGCAGCUGAGUUGCAUAUCCAAGAAAGUGGCAGUGUUGUGGUCACCGGUGGGAACGUGUCCGUGCCCAGUGGUCAGACGGUGGAGUUCCAGUGCGUGGCCCUCGGCUGGUUCCCCGAGCCCAGUGUGGAGUGGUUCCUGGACGGUCAGCCUCUUGGCCGCGACUCCUUCAACACCAGCAGUGAGCUGGACCGGACCCGGGCCCUCUACAACGCCACCAGCACCCUGGUCCUGGAGGCCCGACGCAGAGGCAGCGUCGAGUGCCGGGUGUCGGUCUCCGCCAUGGCUGCCCCGCUCAGCGCGAGCACGUAUCUCAGCGUCGUUCAAGGUAAGGACGACACUGCGGUGAUAGCAGCAGUCUCCUAUGUGGCGGCCAUGCUUCUGGUAAUCCUCAUAACCAUCUGCAUAAUGCUCUACCUCUGGAGGAGAGGCUUAAGAAAAGAGUCCUCUAUUCCCGAGACUGAGAGGAUAGACCAACACCGGAGCCAGCAGAGUUCUGUUGCCGAGGAGACAGAGGGCAGAGUGAAUGCUGGAUACUCUUCAGAAUGCAGCUCAAGCUUUGUUGACACCGAGUCCAGUGUUAGCAUGCACAGUCGGAGGACCACUGCCAGCACCGAGGAGGCAUACACCACUGAGGAGAUGCCAGAUGUUGUCCCCUCACCCUAUAAUACGAUCUACUUCAUCUCCCUUGGCGACAAGAGCAUUAAGACCCCAAGAAGCGUCACUACAGUGUGAACUUUGAUCUUUGAGUGUGUGUGUGUGUGUGUGUGUGUGUGUGUGUGUGUGUGUGUGUGUGUGUGUGCGUGCGUGUAAAUGUGUGUUUAUUUUUUUAUUUUAUGAUGAUGAUGCCACACCACUAAUGCUGACAUGGGGAUAUGGCACUGGAGCUAGCACCAGGAGGCAAAGAUUGAUCAUCUCACUGAUAUGUUACUAUAUAGCUUAUUGUGAAAAAGAUCCCAUCAAACUAUUUUGUGAUCCCCUUUAAUCCCACCAAUACUAAAGAAAUAUAUGAAAAAGAGUACAGUAGCCCAAUCCCUGUUGUAAACAGAAUCGUUUGAUAUUUUAUUACAUUGUAUUAUGUCACACAACACACCUUUCUAAAUUUGUAUUUAUUCUAAUUUAUGAAGCCUCUCUCUCUCUCCUUCUCAGCCAUAGCAGUACAGAUUGGCUUCUCCACUUAUAAUUUAUUUACUUCUUUUGUCAUGAUAUUUUCUCAUUAUAUUCUCAUGUAUUUUUUACAAUGUUUUUCCUGAAUUGAAUG